GUCCUCUUCGGCGGUUCACCAACUGUCAGCAGGUGGCUAGUCGGCUGGCAAGCCAAUAAACGGUUUUGCUGUCUGACAUUUAAGCAGCAAUUGACUGCAUUUAUCUGACCGCAACUUAGUGUUUAUGGUGGCGUGUCGUGUCGUGUCACGUCACGUUAGAUAACGUCCAGUGAAAAAGGAGUCCUCCUUGAAUGACUGACUUCGCAGUUGCGUGGCUAGCUAGCAAAGAGGAGGGUGGGGACAAAAACUUCAGCCUCGCCCAGUCCGUAGCUUUAUACCAGCAGGCAGCUACUCUCUCGGCGGUGUGAGCACCCACACCUCUAAAUUCGAUACUUAUUAAAGGGGAGACUGAAACCCUCGUGUCAAGUAGGCGAAAAGAAGCAACCAUGUUCAGGAAAAACUUGAAGAAGGAUCCCGAGCUGUUUCAGAACGUGUCGGAGGGACUGCGGCGGCUUUACCGGACCAAACUGUUCCCGCUAGAGGACACGUAUCGAUUCCACGACUUCCACUCCCCAGCCCUCGAAGAUGCCGACUUUGAUAACAAGCCCAUGGUUCUCCUGGUCGGCCAGUACUCCACCGGGAAGACCACGUUUAUCCGGCACCUCAUGGAGCAGGACUUUCCCGGUAUGCGGAUUGGCCCGGAGCCGACAACAGACUCUUUCAUCGCGGUGAUGCACGGGGAACAGGAGGGGGUGAUACCGGGUAAUGCCCUGGUUGUCGAUCCCAAGAAGCCCUUCCGCAAGCUCAACGCCUUUGGCAACGCAUUUCUCAACAGGUUCAUGUGUGCCCAGAUGCCUAACCCCGUCCUGGAGAGCAUCAGCAUCAUUGAUACUCCUGGAAUCCUGUCAGGGGAGAAGCAGAGGAUAAGCAGAGGGUACGACUUUGCCGCUGUGCUCGAGUGGUUUGCUGAACGCGUGGAUCGCAUCAUCCUCCUGUUUGAUGCCCACAAGCUGGAUAUCUCUGAUGAGUUCUCUGAGGUGAUCCGCGCACUCAAGAACCAUGAGGACAAAAUGCGCGUGGUGCUCAACAAGGCAGACCAGAUCAGCACCCAGCAGCUGAUGAGGGUCUAUGGAGCGCUGAUGUGGUCUUUGGGUAAAAUCAUCAACACACCUGAGGUGGUGCGUGUGUACAUUGGGUCAUUCUGGGCCCAGCCCUUGUUGGUCCCGGACAACAGGAAGUUGUUUGAGGCAGAGGAACAGGACCUUUUCGUGGACAUUCAGUCGCUGCCACGCAACGCAGCUCUACGCAAACUUAAUGACCUCAUCAAGCGAGCACGUCUCGCCAAGGUGCAAGCUUACAUUAUCAGCUCUCUGAAAAAGGAGAUGCCGAGUGUGUUUGGAAAGGACUCCAAAAAGAAGGAGUUGAUUGCCAACCUGGGAGAAAUCUACCACAAGAUAGAGAAGGAGCACCAGAUCUCACCCGGAGACUUCCCCAAGCUCGACAAAAUGCAGGAGCUGCUAAACGGUCAGGACUUCACCAAGUUUGCUUCACUCAAACCCAAACUGCUGGAGGCGGUGGAGGACAUGCUCGCCAAUGACAUCGCACGUCUCAUGGCAAUGGUCCGCCAGGAAGAGGCCACCAUGCCCAGCCAGACCGUCAAGGGUGGAGCUUUUGAGGGAACCAUGAGUGGUCCCUUUGGCCACGGUUACGGUGAGGGUGCCAGCGAAGGCAUUGACGAGCUGGAGUGGGUGGUGGGUCGCGACAAGCCCACGUACGAUGAGAUCUUCUACACCCUCUCUCCCAUCAACGGCAAAGUGUCCGGCGCUGCCGCCAAGAAGGAGUUGGUGAAGUCCAAGCUGCCCAACACAGUCCUGGGAAAGAUCUGGAAGCUGGCAGAUGUGGAUAAAGAUGGCUUCCUCGACGACGAGGAGUUUGCCCUGGCCAACCACCUGAUCAAGGUAAAGCUGGAGGGCCACGAGCUGCCUCCCACGCUGCCAGACCACCUGGUGCCCCCGUCUAAGCGUGGGACGGUGGAGGCCUAGAUGCACCCUGCAGAUCAUUGAUGUCAACACAGGGCUCUCCAGGCAGUGUCUAACUUCAAGAAAGAACGGCAGCACCUGGAGUAUUUUUCACCAGAGAGAGACUGGAGGGUAUCCGGGGGUUGGGUGGGAGGGAGGGCAGGUCCAUCUUUGUGAAUCUGGGGAUAAUGUUUAGUGUGUGUGUGAAAUAAAUGGUGGGAGAGGGGUUUGAUUUGCAGACUGAUAGAAGGACAUUUACUGAACUGAUGGGUAGCUGGACGUCACACGAUGAGGCGGAACAUGGAUUUAUGCAUCCUGUGUAAAAGAUGUCUUACAAAUAUACACUUCAUAUUGUUAUAUGUUGAUCCAAAGAAAUCUAGUUUUUUUUCCAAUUGGGAAAGAGAAAGGAAAUUAAUCAAAACAGCUGUUAGAUGUGCUUUCUCUAUUUUUGUAUUUCCUCACUGUUAACUUUGAAUCUUUCCAGAAGCUUCCUUUUUUAUUUUGCCAGAUAAAUAAAAAGGAAUGCUUGUACCAUUCAAAAGGUUAAGUGGAUUUGUAUUUAAUAUUGCUAUAUCACAUUUAACAGUGGUUUGUCAGAAGAAAGCUACUUAUUAAAAUGGGGGAAACGCAUUUAAAUAAAUAUGCUAAAUAAAUCUUAA